CCGUUCCCCGGCGGGGAGGGGCAGUGGCGGGCUGGGGGCGGCGGGGGAAGGGGGGUGCGGAUGCCGGUGCGGGGGGGCCCCCGCAGCCAAUGAGUGCGGCGCGGGGGAGGGCUGCCUGCGCGGCCGGCGGCGUGUUGCAGCCGGGCGGCGUGUGCGGGCCGGAGCGGCGGGGACAGCAGCGCCUGUCCCUCGCACCUUGCCACCCCUUCCGACCCCCCCUUCCCCCCCCCCCUUUUUUUUUUCCUUUUAAUUUUUGUGGGUUUUUUCCCUCCCCCACCCUGCGGUGCAUUAUUAUUUUUUCCCUUCCUUCCCUCCCCCCCCCCUUCCCCAACCCUUUCCUGCGCUUUGCUCCGGGAAAACGCUGGAUUUUAAACCUCUCCCCGCCAGGCAGUGAGCGGGGAAGGAGGGGGAGGGAGGAAAAAAAAAAAAAAAAACCCAAACCACGCAACCGGCGGUGAAACAUGGCCCAGGCGAAAAUGCACCACCCCGUCUCUUGGGUGAUCUUCGCCGGGAUGGCCGCUCUCCUCCUCUCCCAAGGAGUGCCCGUGCGCAGCGGAGAUGCCACCUUCCCCAAAGCUAUGGACAACGUGACUGUGCGGCAAGGGGAGAGCGCCACGCUCAGGUGCUCCGUGGAUAACCGAGUCACCCGAGUGGCCUGGCUGAACCGCAGCAGCAUCCUCUAUGCCGGCAAUGACAAGUGGUGCUUGGACCCUCGGGUGGUGCUCUUGGCCAACACCAAAACCCAGUACAGCAUCCAGAUCCAAGAUGUGAAUGUGUACGAUGAGGGCCCCUACACCUGCUCCGUGCAGACAGACAAUCACCCCAAGACAUCGCGUGUCCAUCUCAUCGUGCAAGUGUCUCCGAAAAUCACCGAGAUCUCUUCUGACAUCUCCAUCAACGAGGGCGGCAACGUCAGCCUCACCUGCAUAGCCACGGGCAGGCCAGACCCAACAAUCACCUGGAGACACAUCUCGCCCAAAGCCGUGGGCUUCAUCAGCGAGGAUGAGUACCUGGAGAUCACGGGCAUCACGCGGGAGCAGUCGGGCGAGUACGAGUGCAGCGCCUCCAACGACGUGGCAGCGCCCGUCGUCCAGCGAGUCAAAGUCACCGUCAACUACCCGCCGUACAUCUCGGACGCGAAGAGCACCGGGGUGCCGGUGGGGCAGAAGGGCAUCCUGCUGUGCGAAGCCUCCGCCGUCCCCUCUGCUGACUUCCAGUGGUACAAAGAUGACAAGCGGCUGGCUGAAGGACAGAAAGGACUGAAGGUGGAGAACAAAGCCUUCUUCUCCAGACUGACUUUCUUCAAUGUCUCCGAGCAGGACUACGGCAACUACACCUGCGUAGCCUCCAACCAGCUAGGAAACACCAACGCCAGCAUGAUCCUCUACGAAGAGACAACUACCGCUCUGACACCCUGGAAAGGCCCCGGCGCAGUGCACGACGGCAACAACGGCGCGUGGCGGCGAGGCGCCUGCGCGUGGCUGCUGGCCCUCCCGCUCGCCCAGCUCGUCCGCCAGUUUUGACCCAAGAGCCGGCCCGCGGAGCAGCGGUGGCGACGACCACGGCCAGCGAGCGCAAGCAGAAAGGAGAGGAAGAAAAAGAAGAAGUGUUCACCGUUUCCGAAAAUAAUCAUAAGAAUUGAGAGAGUAUCCGGCCAGGCCACCUGGGGGAGGGGGAUUGAGGAAAAACACGCAAAAAACCGCAACGGGAAUUUGGAAAGGAGAGAGAGGGAAAAAAAAAAAAUAAUCCAAGGCUUCCUGCUGAAGAUGCAACGCGACUGAGUCUUAUUCUUUUCCCCCUAUUUUAUUUUUCUUUUUGCCUCCCACCCCUUUUUCCCCCCCGGUUUCGCCGUUCUCUGCCGCGGGCCAGUGCGGAGGAUGGGCGGGGCCGUCGGGGCGUGGCGCUCCCCCCCACCCCUGUCCCCUUCGCCACCCCCGCCCGCCAGCCCCCUCCCACGGGGACCCCUCUGUCCGGAGUUGUUCUUUGCCGAGAUUUCCCCGUCUUCUCAUGGACCGUGCCGCCAUUUGUGUUCCAGAAUAUAUAUAUAUAUAUCCACGUAUACAUAUAUAUAUAUAUAUAUAUAUAUAGAUCUUCAACAGUUACCACGCCACCACGAACGGAAAGGGAGGAAGGAGACCGGCGUCGAGCCACGCGUUCAUCGUACCACCCGCGGACAUCGUGAAUGAUAAGAGAUUCUGAGUCAUGGUUAAUUUUAUUAAUUAUAUUUUCUGAUACGAGCCUAGAACUCUUAGUUCCUAAAAAACAGAAAUGCAAAAAAGAGGGGAGAAAAAAAAAAAAAAAAGAGAAUGAGAAAGAAACAAAUCCAGAAAGGAGAGGGGGAGCAAGCGGAGAGAAGAGAUUGGUUCGCCGAGUGCUGCGCACCCGAGGAAGCGACCGGCCAAGGAGGUUUGCGAGCUCGGCGAGUCAGCAUGGAGGAGGAGGAGGAGGAGGAGUCCCGCACCAAACCCCCCCCGAAACCGGCCCAAAAAGCGGUCGUCCGAACAGUUCCUGCCAAGGGCACGGGCGCCGCUUGCCGCGCAUCUAGGCGGAGGGAGACGCUGAAUCUUUUUAUGGGAUAUAUAUAUACAGUAUAUAUAAAUAUACAUAUAUAUAUAUAAAUUUUUUUUUUGUUAGCGUUCUAGCCACGGUUCCCAGCAGGGUCCUUCCGCUGCCAUUACUGCAUGCUGUAUAUGGAGUUAGGUGUGUAUCGGUCCUCAACGAGACGAGCGUCUCGGUCCACGCGUCCCCGAAUCCCCUCGCCUUUCCGUCCUCGUGUCGCCGGCGUGCCGGGGACGAAGGGCCGCGGGGGGCCGGGGCCCCUCUCCGUCGCCUUUCACCGCGCGGCCCCGGCCCCUUUGCGGCGGAGUAAAGCGAACCGAGGGACAGAGGGAGAUCUAUAUAGCUCAGUUUUCUAUUUUUUUAUAUAUAUAUAUAUGUAUGUAUAUGUGUGUGUGUGCGCGUGCGUGUGUGUGUGUAUAUAUAUAUAAAAAAAAGGAAAAGAAGGCGAAGCGAUCGGCGGGGGCGGCCGAGCCGUCGGCCGAGGCGCGGGACCAGUCGACUCGCGGUACGUUUCGGCGGGGAGUCUCCCCCCGCGGUCGGUUUUCCUCCUUCGGUUUCCUUUCCUUCCCCGUGGCCGACGGCGGGCGGGGGGCG